ACACUUUCUUUCUUUUCAGUUUUCUUUAUUUAUUAUUUAUUUAUUUAUUUUCCUUUUUGUUGUGUUUCAUCUUUCACCCAUGGCAGAUCCUUACUCUAAUUUUUUCAGAGGCUUCUUCCACCAUAACAAUAACCAUGACCAUUUCAAUUAUAAUCCCACUCCUCCUCCGUCUUCCUCUCACCACCACCACCACCAUCCUUAUCUUCACAACUUCAUCAAAACCACCAAUUACAACAACAAUAAUAAUAGCACCUUUUUCCACCAUCACCACCACCGUCACCAUCAAAUUACAACUGCCACUUCUUCUUCUUCUUCUUCUUAUUCUUAUUAUUCUUCACCCCCUUCCCCUCCUCUCAGAGAAGCUCUCCCACUUCUCAGUCUUAGUCCAGCAAACCAAGAACGCGACGAACAUCACUAUCAUCAUCACCAUGAUGAUUAUACUCAUCAACAAGAUCAACAUCAAGAAACACAAGAUCAUAGUCUUUCCACCACCACCUGCACUGCCAUGGAUACUAGUUUUGUCCUCGUCCACGACAAAAUGGAAGAGGACAUCAGAAUCUAUGGCGGUCGCAACAAGCCCAAAGGCGAGGCGAAAGGGGAGGACGACAACAACGACGAAGAAGAAGACAACAACAAUAGUGUGACGGUUGCACUUCACAUAGGGUUACCAAACCCUAGUGCUGCUGAACUGGCAACAAUUACCUCCAUGGAAUCUUCUUCUAACAAUAAUAACAAUAGCAAUUCAUCAUCAACGGAGAAAGAACAACAUCAUCAUGAGGAAGAAGGAGAAGGGAGUGAAGAGUCGCAGUGUCAUAAAGGGUUCUUGGGUACAAGACUCAACAAGGGACAGUACUGGAUCCCAACCCCAACCCAGAUUCUCAUUGGUCCAACUCAAUUUUCUUGCCCUGUUUGCUACAAAACUUUCAACAGAUACAACAAUAUGCAAAUGCAUAUGUGGGGGCAUGGAUCACAAUACAGAAAAGGUCCUGAAUCUCUAAGAGGAACUCAACCAACAGGUAUGCUUAGGCUUCCAUGUUAUUGCUGUGCACCAGGUUGUAGGAACAACAUUGACCACCCAAGAUCAAAGCCAUUGAAGGAUUUCAGAACCCUCCAAACUCAUUACAAGAGGAAGCAUGGGAUCAAGCCCUUCAUGUGCCGGAAAUGCGGCAAGGCCUUCGCCGUCCGAGGCGAUUGGCGGACGCAUGAGAAGAAUUGUGGCAAACUUUGGUAUUGCAUCUGUGGAUCCGAUUUUAAACACAAGAGGUCGCUUAAGGAUCAUAUAAAGGCUUUUGGGAGUGGACACGCCGCGCUUGGGAUCCACGGCGGAUUAUUUGAAGAGGAGGAGGAGCCGGCAUCUGAAGUCGAACAAGAUAAUGAUGAACUCAACCAGUAAAUACAAUAAAUUUAUUAUACUUUAUUCCGAUCAUAAUAACUAUCACUUCAAAAUCUUUUGGUAUACAAAACAAUAAAUAUAUCUAAACAAAAAUAUUCAGUUUAGAUAUAUUAUUUUUGUAAAUAUACCAAAAUUUUUAA